CGCCAAGAAAGUGCAUCAUUGUAGCAACGCAGCGCAGCGCCUUCACCCUGUGUGAAUGAAAUCGGAGCUGGCGAUGCCUGGAUUUGAUUUUCCAGCUAUUUUUAUUGUUUAAUCUGUGAAUGGCGCCUAAACAGGACCCUAAACCUAAAUUUCAAGAAGGUGAACGAGUGCUGUGCUUUCAUGGGCCAUUGCUAUACGAAGCUAAGUGUGUAAAAAUCAAUAUCAAGGACAAACAAGUGAAAUACUUUAUUCAUUACAGCGGAUGGAAUAAGAAUUGGGACGAAUGGGUUCCUGAAAGCCGUGUGCUCAAAUAUGUGGACAGUAACCUGCAGAAACAGAAAGAGCUUCAGAAGGCAAACCAAGACCAUUAUGUUGAGGGAAGGAUGAGGGGUGUCGCACCAAGCAAGAAGAUCGCUGCUGUGCAGCAAAAAAAUGUAGAUGUAAAAACCAAAAAGAACAAGCAAAAAACACCAGGGGCUGGUGAAGGUACCAGCACUGGGGACAUGCCUCACCCCCCACGCAAGAAGAGGGCACGUGUUGACCCAACAGUGGAGUGUGAGGAGACUUUCAUUAACAGAGUAGAGGUGAAGGUAAAAAUUCCCGAAGAAUUAAAACCAUGGCUGGUAGAUGACUGGGACCUGAUUACUAGACAGAAGCAGCUCUUCCACUUGCCUGCUAAAAAGAAUGUGGAUGCAAUCCUGGAGGAUUAUGCAAAUUACAAGAAAUCAAGGGGCAACUGUGAUAACAAAGAAUAUGCAGUGAAUGAGGUCGUCGCUGGAAUCCGUGAGUACUUCAAUGUCAUGUUGGGCACACAGCUUCUCUACAAGUUUGAGAGGCCGCAGUAUGCAGAGAUCUUGGCUAAUCAUCCAGACACAUGUAUUUCUCAGAUCUAUGGGGCACCACACCUACUAAGGCUAUUUGUGAAAAUUGGAGCAAUGCUGGCCUACACACCUCUGGAUGAGAAGAGUCUAGCCCUACUUCUCAGCUACCUGCAGGAUUUUUUAAAGUAUUUGGUGAAGAAUUCAUCUUCUCUGUUCUGUGCAAUUGACUUUGAGGUUGCACCUCCAGAAUAUCACCGCAAAGCUGUCUGAGGGCAAAGACAGUGAGGAUGUAUAGUUUUAUGUUCUGAUUACCAUUUUUUUUUUUAGUAUAUUUUAAAAUUCCUUCAUCAGACUUUAGUGCUCACAACAUCAGUCAAUAAAAAGCAGGUUCAUCAUUUGGUUAUCUGUAAUCCAAGGAUAAUGUCUAUUUAUCUGGUAUUCCAGAUAAUCUACUGGGAUUCUGGAUUAAUUCUGAAUCUUUUUGGAAAGCUGCUGGUAAUUGCUCCCACAUUAUUGAGGCAUAUUUUUGGUUUAUGUAAUAUUGAUAAACAGAACCUAGUCAUAUAUUGUUGAAAUGCUGCAUCACUUGUGUUUUGGUUACCUUUUUUCUUUUUUACAUGUCUGUCAAUAAACUCAGUUAUGACUUCAUUCUUACACUAUUUUAAACCUGUAUAUUUAAAUUAUUAGAAAGAUACAUUUUGCACCCUCUGACAUGAGUAGCCCAGCUUUAAAUAACAUGACAGUUGAAAAUCUAAAGCGUUUUUUUUUUCCAGAAAACUAAUAACACGGUGCAAUGACUAAACUCCAUUUGGGAGCAAACAAAAUUUAGGGGCAGACAUUUGGUCUUUUGGAACAGGGUUGGCUGCUUAAAUUAGCGCAGAUAAGCUAGAGCCAUCCUAACUAUGAAAUGGCAGUCUUUACCCCAAGAACACAUCUCUGCUUCUACAAUUAAAAUGCAUUAAACAACUGUGUUCAGAGAUGCUGUACUAUGGCAGAAAUGAAUGUUUCUUUUUACUUAUUUAGAGAUUGUUACAUGUUACCAUAUAUAGGAUGAUUCAUAGGAUAUGAUAAACACGUUUGAGUGACUCCACACUAUAAUAAAGAGGUUGUCAAGCAAGAG